UUUCUUACAAAAACAGUUUUUUUCUUCUUCGAUUUGUUGAUCUGCCACCUUGGUUUCGAUCUCUGUCUUAAGUGGGGGCACUUGAGAUCAUAGACAGAGAGAAGAAGCUAAAAAGAGAGUAUUUGAAUUAGGGGGAAAAAGGGUUGGUAAAGAUUGGAAUUUUAAGAUGAAAUUUGGAGUUAGUUUUUUUUUUAAAUUUAAAAAAAGUGUGAAAAUGAAGAUGAACUUGGAGUAAUUGUUGAAGAAUUUUGUUAAACUUUGGAUUUUAAUUCAGGGUUUUUCUUUUUUUUUUGGGGGGGAUUUUGAUUAUGGGUCGGUGUUUUCCUUGUUUUGGAUCAUCAAACAAGGAAAGCAGUAACGGUGGGGGAAGUGUGAAAGAACUAAGCAAGAAAGAUUCAACCAAAGAUGGCUCAGUUGGUCAGUCUCAUCAUGUUAAUAAAGUUAAUUCAGACAAAUCAAAAUCUCGGAGUGUUUCUGAUCCUAAGAAGGAACCAACAGUACCUAAAGACAGAUCAACUGCAAAUAUUGCAGCACAGACAUUUACCUUCCGAGAGCUUGCUGCUGCCACGAAGAACUUUAGGCCGAAAUGUCUUUUAGGAGAAUGGGGCUUUGGGCGUGUCUAUUGACA